UGUCCAACCCAGAUCUGAUCCUUUUCACGGACGGGAGUUCCUUCUACCUUGAGGGAACGCGGUAUACAGGCUAUGCUGUUGUUAACCAAUGGGAACCAGUGGAAGCAGCCGCCCUCCCUGGUCGAUGGGGCGCGCAAGCAGCUGAACUAUAUGCACUGACCAGAGCCUGCCAAAUAGCAGAGGGUAAGACUGUUUCUAUUUUUACAGACAGCCGAUAUGCUUUUGGGGUCAUUCAUUGCCACAUCCACCUGUGGAAAUAUAGAGGGUUUCUAACUGCGGGGGGAAAGCCUAUUCAACACCUGUCUUUAGUGCAGAGAUUGCUAGAAGCAGUUCAGAAACCAGCGGAAAUAGCUGUCAUUCAUUGCAAGGCGCACACCAAAGAUCGCGAUCCUAUAGCAAUGGGGAAUGCCCUAGCAGACAUUACAGCCAAGAAAGCAGCAAGACUCCCUCUUUCUUUUCCUACACUGGCAUUAAUUACUGAUGAUUUCCAACCCACCACUUUAACGUCUGUACCCCCAAAGGAAACUCGAGCUUGGGAAGCGCUGGGGGCCAGCUACAGGAAUGACUUGUGGGUUAUGCCAGAUGGAAGAGCCUGUCUACCUCGCUCCAUGUAUUUCGCGGCAGUUACCUGGCACCAUAAUAAAGGAGGACAUUAUGGAACUCAUGCUUUGGUAGACACAAUAUCCAGGUUUUGGUACGCCCCUGGCAUUCAAUCUGUAUGUGCUGCAACUGUAAAAGCCUGUAGUCUGUGCCAGGCUAACGGACCUGCUUUACCAAAUAGAGCACCACGAGGGGGGCGACCAGCAGCAGCUGCACCCUUCCAACAUUUGCAGAUGGACUUUGUCGAUUUACCACCAGCAAUGGAUUGCGAGCCUUGUGGCGCACGGCCAGGUAUGCGCAAACGGUUCCGUUCGAAGAGCAAGUGCACCCUUUCCAGCCAGGUGAUUUCGUGUGGGCGAAAACGUUUGUCCGUCGCAGUCCGCUCCUGCCAAGAUUCAGCGGUCCUCACCAGGUUUUAUUAACUACCCAGACGGCAGUUUUCUUGGAAGGAAGGAAGUCUUGGAUUCAUCACGCACACGUAAAGCCUGCCGUUGUAGACUUCAGCCCCACGGAAGUACCGGACGUGCCACCCCAAGACGGACAAGGACUUGUGGACUCAGAGGACAGAAUUGUGCCAGCGUUACGCUUAAAAAGAGACCCCGUGACUGAUCUAUGGGCACCAGAGACUAUCCCUUUCCGCACAGCCAAAAUAUCAUGAACUAUUUUACGCCUCAGGACUGCGGGGUUCUCUAUUGUAUUCUUUGUGUACUUGUGCAACUGAGCCUUGUUUUCCCUCUGUGUUGUCCUGAUGGAAUAAAAAUAUGCACGAGGGAGGACUACAAACCUCCUCUCGCUGGGAUCCGAAAUGGGCUGCCAAAUCCGAAGGUACUGGGUGAGUGUCCAGAUCCUUACCUUUACCAUGUGCUUUUAAUUCAUAAUCAACCCUUCACUGUAGAAAUCACAGGAUGGAAAACAAAGUGUCAGAAAGCAGCUGUAGUUUUUCAACACAGCCUCAAUGGCUUCCUGGUCACUCAGUGUGUGAGGGCAGACAUAGCAUGGGCCAUUUACUUGGCUGUAAAUUGUACACCAGCCACAGGUCUAACCAGAGCCUCAGCAUGCCCCACAUCACUGGACCCCAGAUCCGUUCUUCAAGAAUAUUCUGUUUUUACCUAUCGCAAUUUGGGAACAACAGCACCUAAGUUUUGCAUUGGGUUAGGGGAAUAUAAUUGUUAUAUUGCUUUGCAAAGGAGCCAGCUCAACCGGUUUGCUCCCCCGAGUCUAUCCGACUUAACUUCAAAGCCCUCUUUGAAGCCUCUCACUCCCCCAUCCCUCACACUUCAAGGGGAAAGCUGGAAAGCAAAUAUUUUUCUCUCUCUUUUGGAAGCCUCAGCCCCACAAAACGGAUCCUGUUACGUAUGCGCCCACACUCCCCCUCAUGGAGUUGCAGGGGUGCCCCUCACAGGCGCGCCCCUAUCUUUAAAAGAAGUUUUAAGUUUUAAAAACUGCCAACCAGCUAAAGAAUUAGAUGGUCCUUUGGAUACCAGCGGGCCACUUCAGGGGGAAGUGUGUGUAAGCAGCAGCCCGCGCGCCAACAUGGGACUCUCCUGUAAAUUCAUUCUUAACCAGAGAAAGGGGGGCUCUUGGGGGUUUUUCAACAACGCUCAGUUACUUAACACAGCAACCACAACCAAUGACACAUGGGUACAGGCUUGGGCUACCCUCAUUCCCCAAGAUGCUCAGAGCCCUGACUUAUUCUCCUUUAUUCUUUCAUUAUACACCAAGCCCACUCCCCGAGGAUUAUGGUGGUUGUGCGGCCAUAGGGCUCAGUGGAGGCUGCCAUCCCUAGUAAGAUGGACUUGCACUUUGGGAAGGGUUAUGCCUGGGAUUAGAACCACUCUUUCUCUUCCUACAGCCAGGCACCGAAAUCGAAAAGACACAGGGGAGGCAGUGUUGCGAGGAUUUUUUCCACAUUAUGGGGCAGCCCAAACCUAUCAAGACCUAAUUAAAUUUUCUCAAGACUUUGAGGAUUUUUUAAAUGAUACCACAGCCUCAUUGCGAGAUUUGACUAACGAGCAGGGACAAAUUCGGACCAUAACUUUACAAAAUAGGUUAGGAAUUGAUUAUUUAUUGGCCAGCUCAGGGGGCAUUUGUUCUUUGAUUGGGAGUGAAUGUUGUACUUCAACAACGGACCGGAAAGCUGAUGUUUUGCAACAUUUAAAUCACCUUAACACAGUUUACAACGACAUAGAACGCAUCAAGACCUUUUCCUCCUUCCCAAGCCUCACGGAAUGGUUCAAGCAAUGGCCUAGCUGGCACCAGAUUUUACUUUACAUUUUUCUUGGAAUUUCAGGUCUGAUUUCCUUAUGCUGCUGUAUACAAUGUCUACCUAGCUUAUUCUCCCUCUUUUCAACUCUUGGAGCUCAGUGCCUGAGAAGACCUCCUUUCCCUAAUGACUUUUCCCUUCACAGCCACUCUUUCACGCCUCGGAGUGACUUCUACCAGUAACAAUAAUGGUGCAGCUGUAACUCAAACAAGUCUUCUUUGAAUUUUAGCUGCAUAUCAGGGAAUUGUUAGGAAUAAAAUUAUUCCCAACCCCAAAAGGUUGCCCAGGGUUGUCAGGAGUGGUUUAAAGGAACCUACAUUUCUGUCAGAACCAAUGUUGCAAAGAUUUCUGGAACCCAGAGAAAUACAACUCAAAGUUCAGUUUCUUCCCUCAUGAGAAACACCCCGAAGGCGCCUCUCUGACCGUAAACAUCUCUGUAAAAACGAGAUAACAUGUUUCCCUUCUGAUGUUAUUAUUUCACUCUGUCUUAAAGCCACUAUACUCUUCCUUCAACAUUGUAAGCUAGGUCAGUACAAACAAGACAUUUUCUCAUAAUAUCUUAUUAUAAUGUUUCCUUAAGUUUUGCGCAAUAUUGCUGACUAUGCUAAAUUCAUAAGCACAUUAGAAACAUUUUUUAUCUCUUUGGUGUCAAUCUGCCCCUUUUCCUCGCCUUCUUGUAGCUCUGACCUCACAACAAGUUUCCUUUUGACUGACAAGUGUAUAAAUACGUUAUCACAACUCUCGCCUUUUAGAAUCAAAAGCAAAUGUAACAAUAAUGAGCUAACGCGCUUACUUAUCUCUGUAAAGAUGUAAUAUUGUAUUUCCUUUGGGUAUGCCUUUUUUAAUAACAUUCUGCUUUGUUUUGCUGUAAAACCUUAUAUAAUGGAACCUUUGCCUAAUAAACGUUGUUCUCUCUCCUGACAGACUGUGGUCUGUAUGGUUAG